AUGAUUCAUGAUCGAUUUGUAUGUCCAAAUGAUCGUCAAUUAGAACUUCGAUCAAAAAUUAAUUCAGGUUGGUCAUAUUAUACUUAUAUUCAAUCAAUAAUUCCUCAAUAUAAUAAUAAUAUUAUAAAUAAUAAUCUCAAUCAAAAAUCUUUAACUGAUCAGGAAAUCGAACAUAUUAAAAAUGUUCUUAAACGUGAUCAACGUAUUCAAUAUAUUGAACAGGAACGUAUUGGUAAAUUAAUUGAUCGUCUUAAUAAAAUGAAAAAAAAUGCAACUGGUAAUGGUUUAACAGAAUGUAUUUUAUGUUCGAAUAAAAGAGGAAUAUUAUCACGAUCAUUUGUUUCAUGUUUUGAUUGUAAAAAAUUAGUAUGUUAUUAUUGUUCAAUUCAAACACAUUUUAAUCAAAAUAUUAUAUCAUUAUGCAAGAUUUGUAGUGAAAAUCGUCAAUUAUGGAAAAAAUCUGCUGCUUGGUUUUUUCGUUCUUUACCUAAAUGUUCAAAUCUUCCCUUAAAUAUUAAUUCAUCUCCAUCAAUUAUAUCAUCACAAUAUAUCAAAACAAGUUAG